AUGACUAAAGAGGCUUUGAAAUUCUUCGCUUAUAGUCUUCAAAGAUUCAAAGCCUCAAGAAAGUUUCCGGACCGCCAUGACUUCAACAAGUCUCUCCACAGCCUCACACGGUCCAACUGCGGCGACCUCUCAUUGAAACUCCUCGUCGCCUUUAUUUCAAAAGGCUACUUUCCUCCUGUCUCAGCCUUUAACUCUGUCAUUUCAUACUUCUGCAAUCUUGGAUUUCCUGGUUCUGCUCAAAAGUUGAUAAAUUUGAUGCCAAAACUUGGUUGUUUGCCUGAUAUAGUUAGUUACACUUCUCUGAUUGAUGGGUACUUGAGAAAUGCUGAUGUUGGUUGUGCUUGUUUUAUGAUGAGGAAAGUUUGUAGUGGGCUGAUGAAUGUUAGGCCUGAUUUGGUUACUUUUAACGCAAUGUUUAAUGGGUUUUGUAAGGUUGGAAAGGUUGAAGGGUUGCUUGUGUAUAUGAGUUUGAUGUGGAAAGUUUGUGUACCAAAUGUUGUAACUUAUGGUAUACUUGUUGACAUGUAUUGUAAAAUGAAUAACGUUAAUAUGGCCUAUAGGGUGUUUAAGGAUAUGAAGAGUAGUGGGGUUUUUCCAGAUUUACAAAUCUUUACUUCUUUGAUUGAUGGAUAUUGUAAGGCUGGUGAAUUGGAAGUUGCACUGGGAUUAUACUUGGAUAUGCACAGGAAUUCAGUUUUUCCAAAUGUGGUUACUUAUUCAGCUCUAAUUGAUGGUUUUUGUAAACGGGGGAUGCUGGAAAAGGCUGCUUAUUUGUUUUCGAGGAUGUUGGAAGAUGGGGUUGAACCUAAUAUUGUUGUAUAUACUAGUAUGAUUGAUGGGGAAUUCAAGAAAAAGAAUGUAGAUAAUGCUCUGAAGUACUUGAGCAGAAUGCAUGAUCAGGGUAUUAGGCAUGAUGUCACUGCUUAUGGGGCUAUUGUAUCUGGGCUAUGCAAUAUGAAUAGGCUGGAUAGUGCAGUUGAAGUUAAAAAAGCUAUGAUGGAUUACGGAGUGGCACCUGAUGGUGUCAUAUUUGCUACUCUUAUGCAUGCUUAUUUCGAGGCUGGAAAUGUGGAAGCAGCGAUGAAUGAAUACGAGGAAUCGCUGGCUCGAGGUUUUCAACCCGAUGUUGUUACUCGUACAUCCUUAAUAGAUGGCCUCUGCAAGAAUGGGCGUCUUGACGAAGCAAAACUGCAUUUUAGCAAAGAAAAUGCUGAUGAAAUUUCAUACAAUGUCCUAAUUCAUGGCAUGUGCAAAGAGGGGGAAAUGAGCCAAGUUGAGAUGAUCUAUAGAGAAAUGACCGACGCUGGAUUUGUUCCUAAUAAGUAUUUUUACACUACUUGGAUUGCAGGGCUUUGCAAGCAAGGAAACCUUGUAGAAGCAUUCAGGCUUCAGAAACAGAUGGUUAAAGAGGGUAUUCCGCCUAAUUUGUUUGCAUACAGUUCCUUGAUUUUUGGAUUAACCAACAAAGGAUUCAUGAUUGAAGCAAAACAAGUGUUUGAUGACAUGUUGAAAAAGGAAAUAAGUCCUAAUCAUGUAGUUUAUGAUAUAUUAAUUAGAGGAUAUGCUAAGGAGGGCAAUCAACCUGCUAUUUCAUGUUUAAUUGAUGAGAUGAGAAUGAGAGGCCUACUCUCAGAUGAUGGAUGCAAUCAGAAGUACAUGUUACAUGAUUGCAGACAGCCACGGAUUUAA